UUUGUUUUUUUGCCAUUAUUAUCGUCUAUGUUUUGUUUUUAUUAUUGAACUAUAUAUCAAUUAUAAUCAUCAGAAAUAAACAAUCUCUGAAAUUAUGGAACGUAUGUAUUGUUCGACACCAUCGGCAGCAUUGGUCGACAAUGAUCAACAAUUUGAUCAUUCCCAAUCAACAUUUGAAUCGAUAGAGGGUUUUUCCAAUUUUAUCGUUUUGAAUUAUUCCGAUGAUAAUGAUGUUGGUGGUUGUGAUGUUGAUGAUAAUCGACAUUCAUUGGGUAAUUUAGAAAAUGGUGUCGAUCAUAGUUACUAUGCUGAGCAAAUUAAUUCUUUGGUAGCUCAAUGUAAUCAAUAUCAAACAGUGAUCAAACGUCAUGAAAACGAAAUUGAUUAUUAUCGUAAACACAUUGAAAGCCUAGAAGAUGAUUUUUCCUGUAUGAGUUCAUCAUUGGCAACUGCUGAAAAAGCUGCAAAUAAUUAUAAGAAAAAGCUUGCCAAUUAUGAACAAACAAUUGAUUCACUUGAAAAUGAAUUGGAACAUGUCCAUUCGAAAAUGUUUUCGGCUAUUUCAUCAUCACCACAAAGUCUUAGUUUUACUAAUGAAAUAGAUUUCAAGAUUGACAAUUAUGAUAGACGAAAUUUUACUGGAUCAACAACAAAUGGAUACAAAAUUACUGAUGAUGAUAUGGAUCGUUUGCUAUUAACAUUGAAAGAAUAUUAUGAUGAAAAUAUCGAAAUGAAAUCAAAAAUUGAAUCAAUGCAAAAAGAAAUUGAUCGUCUCAAGAAAGAUAAUGAAGAUUAUCGUUUACAAUCGUUGGAUUGUUCUAAUUCUAAAAUUAAACCAUCUGAUGAUCCACAUCAUAGCCAUAACCGUGUUGAUCGCUAUAAAAUGUCUACACCUAACAAAAAUUUUAUCUCAUAUCAAGCGCUUAAUAUUUCUCUUAACAAUACAUUUAGUAUAGAUGAAGAUUAUGAAUGUGAUAAUAUGAUUUUUGAUGAUAAUUUCAAACAAUUUAAUUUUUCCACUAUGGCUGCUGCUAAUUUCGAAUGUCAACAGCAAAAUCGACAACAUUUCAUUGAUGAAAGUCUUAUGAAUGUUUCACGGUUGCCAUCGAUUGAUUAUAUUGAAAAUGAAGAAAUGCCUUCACGUAUGGCUCGUGGCGAUGACCUUUCCACUGUGGUUGGAGAUACAUUCACAAAAAUUCUCUUAUCGAAUUCAACAUGCCACUCAUUAAGUCUUUGUGAUAUUAGUAAUAUUGAAGAUCAAAAAAUGCCAAGAUCACCGAUCGCUGGCCUUGAUUCUACUUAUUUCAGUAUUCACAGCGAACCUCAAACUAGUGCAAUCACCAUGCAUGGAGCUCAAUUGACGGUUUAUGAUAUGAAUGGAAAUUAUGAAUCGCAGCUUGAAAACAAUGAUCUCGAUGGAAAUCCGGGGGCAGAAUUGGAACCGGAAAAGGGUCGAAAUUUUAUGAAAAUCAAAUCAAUACCACUGAUAAACAGGCGAAUUUUCAUAGGAAAACAAUUGUUUAUAUCAUUUUUCUUUUUAUUCUAUUCAACAUUUUUAUUGAAUCUACAACAAAAAUUUCGUAUCACAAAGUUUCGAUUGAUAAUAAUAUUAUCGAUUGCUUCCAUAUUUGGCUCAUAUACAUGGACAAGAAUAAAAACAAUCGAUCGAUUUGGUCGACAAAUGAUUGAAACACGAUUGAUACCAUUCUAUUCAAUUGAGGAAAUAUUUAUCGAAAUAAUGACACAAUCUGGAUUUAUUGAUUAUCUGAAUCCAUUUUAAUUGAUUACGAUGAAAAUGAAUAUUGUGACGAAAUCGAUCUAUACAAUGUAUAAUGAAACAAAAUAAUUCUAGACACACAUAUAAACUAUAUAACUUUGUAAUCAUCAACUAUUAUUUCAUUAUAUGAUCAUCAUUAUCAUUAUCAAUUUAAAUAAAAAAAACAAAUUAUA